AGCGCGGCGAGAGGGGGAGGGGCCUCAGCGAGCGCAGAAAAACGACACCGCGAGAAAAAUUAGUAUUUUUGCACUUCACAAAUUAAUGACCAUGAGCUCGUUUUUGAUAAACUCCAACUACAUCGAGCCCAAGUUCCCUCCCUUCGAGGAGUUCGCACCGCACGGCGGCCCGGGCGGAGGGGACGGCGGCGCGGGCGGGGGUCCCGGCUUCCCGCGGCCGCAGACCACCCCGCACCUGCCGGCCCCGAACCUACGCGCUGCCCGCCAGCCCCCCGCCUACUACGCGCCACGGGCGCGCGAGUCCAGCUACCCCGGGGGCCUGUACCCCGCGCCCGCCGCCGCCUGCCCCUACGCCUGCCGCGGCGCCAGCCCCGCGCGACCCGAGCAGUCCCCGGUCCCCGGCGCGCACCCCAGCCCAGCCCCUGCGCCCCCUCGGCACUGCGCUCCAGGCCCCGCCACACCGGCUGUCGCGACGGGGGGCAGCGCCCCCGCGUGCCCGCUGCUGCUGGCGGACCAGGGGCCGGCGGGCCCGAAGGGCAAGGAGCCGGUGGUGUACCCCUGGAUGAAGAAGAUCCACGUGAGCGCCGUCAACCCCAGUUAUAACGGAGGCGAGCCCAAGCGCUCUCGAACCGCCUACACCCGGCAGCAGGUCUUGGAGCUGGAGAAAGAAUUCCACUUUAACCGCUACCUGACCCGGAGGCGCCGCAUCGAGAUCGCCCACACGCUCUGCUUGUCUGAGCGCCAGGUCAAGAUCUGGUUUCAAAACCGGAGAAUGAAGUGGAAGAAAGACCACAAACUUCCCAACACCAAGAUGCGAUCUUCCAACCCUACCUCGGCCCCUGCCGGCCCGCCUGGGAAAGCACAAACUCACAGCCCCCACCCCCAUCCCCACCCUCUCCCCAGUGCCUCCACACCCAUUCCCUCCUCCUCCAUAUAACCAUCUGGGGACCAAAUCAGUUUCUGUCACUUACCUGCCCUUCUCCUUUCCUGCUCCUAUUCUCAUCCACUCCUCCCCAAGGAAACCAUAUCAUACACCAAAACAAAAUUCAACUUG